AUGGAAGGUGUCGACUCGACUAUGGAUGCUCAGCCAAUGGUGGAACAAGAGACAGCUUCGCCGGUUGCUGCCGGUGCCGGUACAAAGCCAGCUGCCUCGAAAUCUCCCAACUUCUUUGCCAUUAUGGCUCAGAGCUAUCUGGACAAUGAGCUUUACAAGGAUAAUUCAGAUGAAGAUAAAUGGAAUCUCGCCGUCAAGGAGUUCUAUGAUGCUCAAGGAACGGCAGUAGACUCUCGAAAGCCCACCGAACAAAUCAAAGGACACUUUUUGACUGGUCUUUUUAGUCGCAUCAAGGACCUCCCGGAAGACCCCGACAGUGAUGUAACCGAUGAACAGAAAUUGUGCCGUCAAAUCAAGGGAGUACUCAACGUCGACGAUGCAUUGUUGGCGCCUCCGGAACCGGUGGCACCUGCGCCUGUGCCCAAAAAACGUCUUUACUUUUCUCGCGAUAAUGUGUUGUUCAUCACAAUGGCCAAAUGCUAUCUCAGCCAUGAAGUCUACAAGUCUGACAAAUGGGAUCAGGCUGUGAAUGCAUUCUACGAGCAGCACGCCAAGGAAUGGGGAGAGCAAUUGCUUGCUCGAAAAAAGAAUAUCAACGAUGUCAAAAGACCCUUCCUCAGCGGACUGGAGUACCGCAUCAAAUCCUUGCCACGGGACACCGAACCCGAUGAUCCAGAAGAAGUGAAACUUUGUCGAAUGAUUCGAGACAUGAGAGAAUCAGCUCGGGCCGAUCGGAUUUCCCACGGUCAGGAACCUGCUGAAGGCGGGCGAAAGCGUCGUCGUGGUGGUACCGGUAAUGAUCAGCCGUCCAGGGGCCGUCCUCGGCAGGUGGAUCUAAACAUGUCACCGGCAAUGCUGCAACGAUAUCAAGCGGUUAAGGCCGAACGUGUCAAGGAAGAAAAGGCCGCCGAGGCGGUAGCUGACGCCCAGAUAGCAUUGGUGGAAGCUCAAAAGAGACUGGAAGAAGCCAAACAACGCAAACUUGCCAUGGCAGAGCAUGUCAAGGAAGUGUCUGCAGAAUUCAGCCGCGACGUCAUCAACGAGUCUGGGCCCUGGAAGGACAUGUAUUUGAAGCUCGUACAAUACAAACACGAGCACGGAAACUGCAACAUCAUCCGCGGCCAAACUCAGGAGAUGAAGGACUUGCGUAAGUGGGUUCUUCGACAGCGAGAUCGCUACAACAAAAAGGAAGGACAACCUUCCAAAUUGCCCUGGUACUUGGCACAAAGCCUGGAAGACUUGGGCUUCGUUUGGAAGUACUCAGACGGAACAUGGGAAAAGCAUUACAGCGAUCUAAUUGCAUACAAGGCUGAGAACGGCGAUUGCUUAGUUCCUCGUGGUUACAAGCGCAAUCCUACGUUGGCACAUUGGGUCAAACGCAUGCGACACGAAGGCAACAAGUUCAAAAGGGACCCGAGCUCUGUUUCCAUGACAGCGGAGCAGCUCCAGAAACUAGAAUCCAUCGGCUUUGUUUGGGAGAAUCUGAGCCGCUCAUGGUUUGAGCGCUAUGAGGAACUGAGAGAGUUCAAGCGGCAGCACGGACACACUCGAGUGCCAAAAGAAUACCCCGAAAACCCCCAGUUGGUGGCCUGGUGCGCGAAUCAACGAGCCCACUACCGAGCCUUCAUGCUCGGGAAACGCUCUUGCAUGAACGAGAGUCGGAUCAAGCAGUUGGAAGAUGCUGGAUUCCAGUUCGAGCAGACGGGCCCUGAGCGCUCCAAACCGCGUCGUUCUCCACCUGGUCGAGUUGCCGACGAAAAGUCGGACUCAUCGGAAGACGAAGAUGAUCAAGGCGAAGAGGAACACGUAGAAGUCCCGCAAAUGGUGGCUCGGGCUCCCUUUGCUGUGGCAGCCUACCAAAACAAUGCCUUUGCGUACCGCGAGCCGCAUGAUCCACCCUACCCCAUUGCCUAUCCACACCACCAGCAACCACGAUAUCAUCCCCAUUUCUAA